AAAGCAAAUGCUUUAGGUGUAAUAAAAAAGAUAAGCGAAGUUUUAAACAUUUCACAACUGAAAAGAAACUAAUUAUGAUGUUCUUUAAACUAUAAAGUGAGCCUGUGUUGCUUAUUGACCUGUUAACAUACAGGAAUUAUUAAGUCAACAAAGAAUAUCCCCUAAUAAAAUACUUUAGUAAAUACUAUAAAGAUAAGCUGCAGUGGUGAGAGAAGAAGUAAAUUAUUUGGGACAUACACUUUCUGCUGAGGGAAAGCAGAUACAAAAAGCAAGGAAAGAGACAAUUUCUGAAGCACCUAAACCAGAAACUAAAAAGCAAAUGAUGUCAUUUCUCGGACUUUGCAAUUAUUGCAGAGCCUGGAUUCCACAUUAUGCUGAAAAAAAAAACUCAGGUUUUACAGGAUUUGAUUCAUGGCACCCCAAUGGCCAUGACUGAUAAAAUAACUUGAAAUCCAGAAGCUGAAAAAAGUUUUACUGAAUUAAAACAAGCACUGAUGCAGGCAACAACUUUGAUUCUUCCAAAUUAGAAAAAAACCUAUGUUCAAACUGUAGACUGCAGGAAUGGAUUUAUGACCUCUGUGUUACUACAAAAUCAUGGUGAUAAGCUAAAACCGUUAGCUUUCUAUUCAAAAAGGUUAGAUCCAGUAGCACAGUCUUUACCAGACUGUGUACAAGCAAUAUGUGUAGCAGCAUUAGCAGUAAGCAUGUCGGCUGACAUAGUUUUAUUUCACAAAAUGGAGCUGUUGGUUCCACACGCUGUAGAUGUUCUAUUUUUGCAGAGCAAAAUGAAUUUGCUCUCACCAGCACGACACCUUUCGUACACGGCAAUACUUUUAUCACAACCACAUAUUGUGAUAAAACGUUGUACAAUUUUGAAUCCAGCUACGUUGCUUCCAUUACCUUGUGAUGGAACGCCACAUAGCUGCCUAGAAGCUACAGAGCACUUGCAGCUUCCUAGGCCAGAUCUACAGGACACCCCAUUAGCAACGGGAGAAGUCUGGUUUGUUGAUGGGUCAUGUUCAAAGGACCCUAUUGGUAAAAAACCAGACAGGUUAUUCUGUUGUUGCUUUACCAAAUGAAAUAAUAGCAGCAGAAAGAAUUUCCAGCGCUUAUUCUGCACAAGCAGCUGAAUUGAUUGCUUUGACAAGGGCAUGUGAAUUGGCUGAGGAUAAGCACUUGACAGUGUUCACAGAUAGCCAGUAUGUUUUCUCUACACUGUUUUAUUUUGCUAAACAAUGGGAGCGUAGAGGAAUGACAACAUCUACUGGGAAACCAGUAACACAUGCAUCUUUGCUUAAAAAUCUUUUGCAAGCAAUACAACUCCCCAUUAAACUAGCGGUAUGUAAAUGUGCAGCUCACACAAAAGGACAAGAUGAAGUUUCAAAUGGGAACAGACUAGCUGAUAAAAUUGCAAAAGAAGCUGCAGCAGGGAAGCAUGGGAAAGGAACUUUCUCAGCGCAGACUGAAGAAGAACAACACAUGAUAGACAAAGCAGUGUUAAAAGACAUGCAGGACAACGCACCGCAAGUUGAAAAAAGGAUGUGGAUAACUAAGGGUGCGAAAAUUAAUGAUGAGAAAAUUUUUGAGGUUAAUGAUAAACCAGUCCUUCCUAAAUCUUUAUUUAAAGCAGCAGCAAUAUUGAGCCAUGGUGAAUCUCAUGUCUCAACAGGGGGGAUGGUAGGAAUGCCAUAUGGCUUUAUGGUUUUAAAUUCCUAUUCAAAAAAAAUUUUUUGUAGGGCAUGUCUAAUAUGUGCUAGACAUAAGUCUCAGGGAAACAUAAGGCCCAAACGAGGCAGGUUCCCAAAACCAUCUUAUCCAUGUCAAACCAUGCAUAUGGAUUUUAUUGAACUUUCACAAAGUGGGUCAUAUAAAUAUUGUCUAGUGAUGAUUGAUGCUUUUCCUAAAUGGGUUGAAAUAGUUCUAGCAAAGCAUGCAGAUGCUUUGACAGUAGCUAAGGCUAUUUGUAAAACUAUUAUCCCAACACAUGGCAUCGCGCUAACUGUUUAUAGAACGAAUAGUACUGUGAAAAGCAGAUUAAGAAAAUACACGGCAGACACUAGCCGGCUCUGGCCAGAAUGGUUAGAUUUGGUGAAACUCUAUAUGGGGAUCACCCCGACAGCUGAUGGUCUAACACCUUUUGAAAUAAUUCAUGGGAGAGCUUACAGAUUGCCUCUGUUUGCUCCAGACUUACAAAAAGCUGAUGAAGAACAGACAUUAGCAGAUUAUAUGAUCAGGACCCUUAAACUGAAGGAGGUGUCCAGUGCAAAUUUACUGCCUUUUGAUUCUCUUCCUGCACAGGAGGCCGCUCCGAUCGAGCCAGGUGACUGGGUCUACAUAAAAGUCAUCAAACGAAAGAAACUGGGCGAGUCCACAGUGGGAAGGACCGUUCAAGUGCUGAUGACCACACCAACAGCUGUAAAGAUUGCUGAAAGACCCAGCUGGAUACAUCUCAGUCACUGUAAGCUGCAGAGAGUGUUAAACCCCUAAAGUUGGAGUAGAGAGGAAGGAGAGCUCUUUUGAGAGCUUCCGGGCUACAAAGGGGAGCUACAUUAUAGUUGUAGUUCGUCUCAAACCCGGUGAAGAAACGCUAAGAUUCUCACUCCUUUAGUUUGGGGGUUCUGACAUCUCUGUACGUCAAGCAGCAAUGGGGACUCCAUAUGACAGAUGGAUUUUCUGCUGCGCUGUGACUGUUGUAUGUUUGAUGUUUGGUGAAGGAAGCGAGCCUGAGUUCCACCCACAUGACUACAGUACCAAUCUUUGGCUGAAAACUGAUGAACAGAACUGCCUAUGAGGGACAUGCUGUGAACUGCUACGUGUGUGCGCAGCUGCCAGUUUCCAUACACAACUCAGGUCUCCGACCAGGUAACAUUGCUGACGACAAACAGAUGUGUCUCUAUGUUCUAAGCACUAGACCGCGGCAUAUCCCACCACCAAGGGGAGACAGACCACGUGAGAAGGACUAUUCAGCUGACCUCCGGAUGGGAGAGGCAGUGCAAGGACUGUUUCAAUGUUUAAAUUGUUCACUGGCAGACGAUGUACUUCCUUUUCGUCAUCUCAACAAACUGGACGUUGCCCUGGCACUUGUGUAACAGAGUUUACACCUACUGCGAACCGACACAGGAUUUCAUCGACUGCACAGCCUGCAGGGGUCAAAGGGCGACUCCACACUGCAAAGUCUGGAAGGAAAACCCAGAUUGUCACAACCUACUUCAGAGGAGUUUCAACAUCACGCAUAAGACUAAGAGGAGACAAAUGACAACACUGUGCAGCGCCAUAGUGCCAGGAGAUUAUGGCUCUCAGAUAUUAGCAGACUGGAAAGCACAAAAUGAUCUACACACCCGCUCCAAGCGAACAGCUAUGCCAGAGGUCAAAAGAUGGGGAGGCCUAAGAACACAUACUGGAGUUCCAUGGGAAUUCAGGAUUUGGAACGGCGGAGAAAAAAUUUAUGCAAGGUCUUUUUCCGUGGGUUGGUCUAGGAGAGAUUCGAGACCAUGUUGAGAUAAACAGGUACGGAUUAUUACGACUGAUCAACAUCACAUACCAGCUGGCCAAUGGCACCAUGAAAGAACUGACUGAACUGAGAAACAUGGUUAUGCAAAACCGUGUUGUCCUGGACUGUCUCACUGCCCCUCAGGGAGGGGUCUGCAAAAUCAUUGGCCCAACGUGCUGGAAGAUUUAAAACAGUUGUAUUAUUCCUUGUCUACGAAAUAUGAUAUUUAAAACAAUUAACACGACUGUUAUUAAAUAUCAGCUGACAAAGGCAUCUUAUGAAACAACUGAAGAUGACUUGUUCCAAGUUUCUGACGAUUUUCUGAACAAUGAUGAAUUUCUGUAAUCAAUAAACAGAUGAAUUCAUUUGCUGAAUGACUCCUACACCGAAAAUGUGGGAACAAGUGACGUUUAGGAUGAGAAAACUGCAUUUGAUUUUUUACUGUUUAUUCUUUUGUUUUUUCAUGUAUUUCAUUAUAUAACUUUUAUUAAUUAUGUAUUCUCUGUGUUUAGAUUAGUUUUUUAUUAUUUUCUUUUAUUUUAUUUUCUAUAUUUGGCUUCUGCAUAGCAGUUUAUACACAUAGUAAAAUGAUAAAAAGGGGGAAUGUUAGAUAUUUUUUAACAUUAUCAUUUUGUUGUUACUUUAGUUUAUAUUCAGUCUAAAGUAUUAUUGUGAUUUAGUAUAAACUGACCUGGAGGUUACAACUGUCUUCAUGCGAGAUAGUAAAACUUUAUGGUUCUCAGACCCUAAAGUUUUCUCUGGUGUUUAUCUACCCGGUCUUAGGUGACAGUUUGACCCAGAGCUGAACUGGGCUCAGAUUGUAAAUUAGAUAUCACACCUGGAACUGAGUUGUUGGUCUGUUUGUGUUAAAUGUUUUACAACCUCUGUUGUUUGAGGCUUUGACAAUAAAGAGGGAGCUCACGUGAAAGCAGAUCAGAACUCUCUUUUGACCAGCCCGGAGGGGCUGUUGAUCGGGAUUUCUCCUUCUGCAGAAGCCUGACCAUAUUUAAUUCA